UAGAACAACAGGAAGGAGCCUUUCCACGCGAAUACAAGGACAGGAAGUGAGACCGAAGUGCACCAAAUUAUGACUCAUUGUUUUGUUUUGAUAUAGGUGUCAAACGUGAAGCUUUUAUCAAAUUCAUAUCAAAUUGUUAUUUUUAGGAUAUUUUUCGAGUUAAACUGUGUUGGAUUUUGUAGAGUUGAGUGAAAUUAAGUUGUGAAGUGAAUUCUGAACUAUUUUACCUAAAGAAAUUAUUAAGAUAAGAUAUUUUUGUGGUAAGGAACUUUUUCCAGAAAAUGGUCAGUUGUGUAGCUUGUGGCUAUUCAAAAACACCAAAGAAAAACAAUUCCGGUGUAACAUUUUACAGAUUUCCUAAGGAUGAAAGACGUAGAUUUAGAUGGAUGAGUUUUGUUAAUAAGCCUGGGUUUACUCCUAACAACAGGAGCUUAUUGUGCUCCAAGCACUUCAAGGAAGAAUGUUUCAACAGAUCUUCACAAUCUGUUAUUAGAUUAUUUCCCAAUGCAUUUCCAACUAUAGAAGCUCCCCGUGUGAAAUAUAGCCUACAAUUCUCAUCUGUUGACUUUGCUAUGCAGUACAAAGGGUGUUUUUCUUCCGACAGUGCCCUGUCAACAGUCCCACCAUCACCCGAAGCUCAGCUCGUGACAGCUUCAGGUCCAGCAGGUGUCAACCUCGAUGAACAUUUUGCAAGUUCAUCGGCUCUUUCAUUUCCUUCAACACCACAGUGCCCUGGUACCCAUAGAAGAGUUACUUUGUUGCCUUUGGCCAGUUGCUUUAUGGUGUUACGGCACUUUUAUGUCAACAGAGAUCCCUGGCAGGGUGAUACCAUGGACCAAGGCGUGGCCUAAACUCCUUGAUUGCAACAAAAUCAAAGGGUGGUUUGAGUUA